UCUCACAAAAAGUAAACAAGCGACGGUAGAACAGCUGAACAAGUUUAACAUAUAGGAUUCUCCAAAAACAUUUUUAAUCGUAAAAUUUCUUUGAGUAGUCACCAUGCCCUGUAUUGUACCUACAUGCCUCCGUGACGACAAAGAAAUGAUCAUGAUCCCGGAAGACCUAACACUCGCAUCGAGAUGGCUCGAGGCAAUCGAAAUGGGCUCUGGAUACUCGAUAGAAAUAGCGAACAAUGAUUUUCAACCGGAAAUAUGCUGCAUGCAUUUCACGGACUUCGACACGAAUGUCAGUAGCUAUGAGGAACCGUCAACUUUUAUACACCGCGAUGAAACCUGCACCCAAAUCUCCAGCUGCCGAAUGUGUUUAUCUUUUUACCCGACCCAAGAUAUGGUGCCAUUGGAAAGUUGUAUAGGCGAGCGAGAAAUUGCGUCUCUUCUCGAAUUGUUAAGAAUCGAUCUUCACGAAAAUCAAUUUCUUCGAAUGAUUUGUUUGGCAUGCAUUGCUAGGAUAGAAAUAUUCGUUUCUCUGCACACAAAUUUUACGCAAUCGGAGAGAGCCUUUCAAGAAUUGCUUCAGAAAAGUCGAGACGUGCAGUAUCCUGCGUUUAAAAUAGAGUAUGUUUCACCACAGCUUGAUACCGUUGCAGCUGAGUCGGAGUCGCACGCUAAUCAGGAUGCUAGUGAUGAGUACAUACCAAUAAUUUCCCAUUGUCGUAACACCCGGAGUCGGAGUGUUAAUCCAAUGAAGAUUUCUCUCAACAAUGGUAAAAAACCCUCCGAGGAAUCGCUCAGUUUGAAAGAGAAAAUAGAUCGAAACUGUUACAUAUGUCAUACGAUUCAGCCAGAUGCCAGUCAGCUGACGAUACAUCUUAUGGUUAAUCACACUUCCGAGAUGGGCUAUCGAUGUGACGAAUGUUCACUGGACUUUCCUUUGCUGCAUGUAUAUAAUCGCCACCUUAGCCGGCACGAUGAGUCGCACAAGCCGUACAAAUGCAGCGUUUGUGCAAUGCGGUUUACGUCCAGUUAUUGGGUCAAAAUACAUGAAAACAGAAUUCAUAAUUCCAAUCACAACGUGAAACGGGCAUCGUUUAAAACUCGUAAUGUGGUUUGUGAUCAAUGCGGGAAAGUUUGCGAUACCCGUAGACUCAAAGAACACAUCCAACAGGUGCAUGAGAAAUCCAGCCAUCCAAAAUGCAACAUAUGCGAUAAAACAUUCACCAUCAAGCGUAGUCUCGAACGGCACAUGUUGGUGCACACAAAGGAAAGACCCUACAGUUGUAACCAGUGUGACAAAACCUUCAUACGUUUACUUGAUUACCGCCACCACAAAAGCCUGGUGCACGAGGGUGUGAAUCCGCACGUCUGUACCGAAUGCAACGAAGAAUUCAAUAACUACCGAUUGCUGUACAAUCAUAAGCAGGUAGUGCAUUUGAAGAAAAAAAUUAAACAGAAGGGGCAUUUCACCUACAAACAGUACGAAACUUGUAAGCUGUGUCGAUCGAAAUUUUCAAAGGGUAGUGAGCUGAUAGCACACAUUCAAAGUGAACACUCAGAACACUAUCCAAUGCUCAAAUGUCCCCACUGUCCGAAAACGUUUUUGCUACCGUCGCGUCUGGCGAACCACAAGCAAAUUCAUUCGGAUAGAAAUAUGUGCAAGAAAUGCGGUGCCCAGCAUAUGAACAAAAUGGCCCUCGAGUAUCACAUGGAUAUUAAACACCCCGACGGUCGGAUGUAUACGUGUUCUGAUUGUGACACAACUUUCACCAGUCGCUUACAGCUUAAGCGGCACAGUGUCGUACAUACCAAAGGAAAGCAGUUCCAGUGCGAGUAUUGUGAAAAGUCCUUUUUGAGGAAGUUUCAACUAGCGCUCCAUACAAGAAUCCACACUGGGGAGAAACCCUUCGAGUGCGAUGGGUGUUUGAGAUGUUUUGGUGAUGAUAGGUCAUUUCGCAAGCACAAAAAAAUCUGCAAGAUGCUGCUGAGUAGCUGAGAUAGCUGAGGAGACAAAGAGCAUAGGACAGGAAUGAACAAGGAACAGGUUGCUCAAUGGAAGUCAAGAUUGUAUAGCAAAACUGCCUGACUUUCAGGGAAUUACUAAAAUGUAUGUGUCGCGUAUUCAAUAAUUGUUUUGAAUAUUUCGAUUCCAAUUCAUACAGAGAAUUUUUUGUAAGAGUCUUGUUUAUUUAAUUUACUGCCGCUCUUUGCAUGUCGGUCCCAUAGCAAAAAAAACUCAAAUGGAGAAAACGUCGAUUGAAUUAUUUCAGCAAUUUUCGGUUAUUUCGUGCCCGCCUAGCUUGUCCUAGUAAGAAAUGGUUAUCAAUUGGUUAAAUUAAGUAUGUUCAAGUCUGAUCAGCUAAACAUUCGCAUAACCGUCUCCUAACGAAAAGUGUUGCUUCAGGGUAUCCGAUAACUUCGGCACUCUAAUGCACAACCCGUCGAAGAAAACUGCAACUGAAAUAGUCCGAUACCCUACUUUUCCAAUUUUUGUCAUAAUUAUCAAUUAUUUAUUAUCGAACUAUACUUGAAACUAUGAACGAUGAAACUAUUAAAUAGGGUUAGAGAACAGAUCGAUCUCCAACAUGCAUCACAAUUGGAGAGUAAUGAGAGUUUGUGGGUCCCGGUUCCGAGGUGUGUAAGGUUUUUUGUAAAAAUCAAAUAGACCGAAGGAUUUCUAGUUUAGUGAGCAGCAUUUUGAAGAAAGUCAUUUGUGACAAUUGACUUUAAAAAAUUUCCAGUUUUGCAAACGGAGCAGCAACGUUAGUCAAAAGUUGUGAAUCGCUAUACGUAUCUCUUUACGAAUCGCCGGCGCCGGUAGUUUUAUUUCGUUUUUUGGUGUGUUAGCUUGCUAGAAAAAUCGAAAAGGCCGAAGAAAAUUUAUUUAGUGAAGUGUUUAUAAAAAGAAACAUUUGUAACGAUCGAUUUUUAAAAAUUAAUUUUGGUAACGGAACAGCAACAUCAGUCUAAAGUUGCGAAUCGCUGUACAAAUCGCCGUCGCCGCGGGUUGUUUUGGUUGUUUCGUGUGAAAAAAAUCGGAUAAGUUGGACAAAAUGUUUUUUAGUGUUGAAAGUUAGUAAAUAUUUCGGCAAUCGACUUUAAAAACCUCUAGUCUUUGGAACGGAGCACAGCAGGUAGAAAGUGAUUGAGGUUUACCAUUAACUGAGCGGUAGGAAGAUAAAUUAGUAGCUGCCACCAAGUAAGCCACAAUGAAAGUAGUUGAGGUUGCUGCAGUGGCCGUUGAGCUAGCUGCGUUUAAUAUAUGAAAUCGAUCGGUAAUCAAUCUUAACGGCAUAAAGAUUUAUCCUUCACGUAAACAGCAAAAUUCGUUGCUAACACUUGUACAUUUAACGCCAACGAAUAAGAGAAUAUGUUGCAUCACUGGUCGAUGGAUGGAUUUAUUAAUGUUUAAAAGGCAGGUCAAAUAAGCAAAAAGACCGAUUUCAGUGGUCAGGAUACAGAGCCGUUGGUGUAAUCGAAUUAUUAGGAACAAGAUUCAGCACCGGUUGGAAUACCUCGUCGAUCAUACCAAUAUCGGUUUUUUAUGGGGACCAGUGCCGAGACAGCUGAUUACAGCGUAUUGUGCCGCUCAUUGUUACGAUACUCUUCCGACUUGGUUCAAUAAUGGUGUCAACAUGAACACGUAUUCGAUUUAGCAAACUAAGUACUUAUCGUAGGCAGAUUUUUGUUGUUUGAGUUAUUUUCUAGCAUUUUAGUACAGACUAUCAAAGCAAUGUAGCCCAUAAACCUUUUAUUGUAUAAAACGGUCUGAAAAUGAAAUGUGAAAAACAAAUA